AGUUACCCUUGAGACACCGAGGUGGGGAGUUAGUCGCCUGGGUUCCCUAAACUGUAGAGAAGGUGACCAUGGCGACGCCCAGAGGACCGCGGGAGAUGACUCCUGACUACUUCAUCCUCACGCCUCCACCUCUCACUAUCUUCAUCGCCUCGGGACUCAUCAUGAUGGGGUUGACGUGGCAGUGUCCGGAAGUGUUCGAACACCCGCUCCUCGGCCCGUUCGGACAGCUCCUGGCCUGGCUUGGUGCCCAUCACAACGCCUUGGUCAGACUGGUGUUCGUGCCGACAGUGGUGGUGCACGUGCUGGAGGUGGUGUGGGCGGUGUGUGUGUGUCGGGGGCGCCUGGGCCUCACCCGCUGCACCACGACAUGCUGGGCUCUUCAGAUCAGCGUGGUGGGUAUAUUCUCCCUCAGGUACCUCAUCUGGCCGCUGGAGGACGCCCGCCACGCCUCCAGAAGUAAGAAGGAGGCCUAGGGUGUAGGCCUAGUGUGUCGGCCUAGGGGGUAAGCCUGGGUCACCUAGAGCCGUCAGUAUUAAUAUGGUUAUUAUAAGCCUAAUAAUAUGGAUCAUGUCAAAAAUACUUUGCGUAUUAGUGGUUGUAUGCAAUAUACAAUUUAACUUAACAAACAACUAUAACAAGUACUAAUGCAUAUUGUAUAAAUAAAAAAUAUUACUACAGUUUAAAUGUAGAAUAACUCAUUACAAAAAAAAUCCUCGGGGGAAUAACGGGGAACCAUCGACAUGCCAACGGUUUCCUGUCCCCGUCGAGGCCACUACAGGCACGACGGCCCUUAGCCAGCAAAGUGAUGAAUCCACCCACGUCAACACGUAGUGAAUGGUGAGUAGCCGCGCCCAUCCGCGGACUGUCAACAGCAACUCUUCAAAGAAUAUCAACCUGUCUAUCCAUCCCCCUCCGUGGUGUCGCCUUGUCGUGGCGAGGGGCUCACGUACACCUCCCUGAGACUGGUGAGGGUUGCCUUCGCUCCCUCUCCUGCCCCUUCUUCGGGUGGUGUACGUGCAGAAGGGCACCACGUAGUGGCCUUGUGAAUCAUCGG